AGACAUUUCCAGCAUUUCAACCACAGGAAUCACCUCAGCAUGCCACAAGGCAGUGCAUUUGUUAUGUUGUGAUAUAUGCAAGCUUCCUCAUUCAGAACUGGAGGAUUGCUGCAAGCGCAUGUCACUUGACUGAGAGCAGCAAGCAAUAUGCAGCCACUGUCAGUACAGGCUGUCCUAUUUAUAUAAGUGUUUUCAGUUGUGCUAUGCAUGUGUGGUCACACAGAAAGGCUCUCAAAGGGAGGAAUGUUUACAUCGUAGCGGAAUGUAAGAAGGCAUCCCAUCACAUUACAGAUGCUAAGGAUCCUUUCUCCUUUGUGGAUAUGAACAAGAUAAAAAUGUGCUUCGUACAAAGGACUUGGAAAGAAGGACUCAAGAAGUACAGCAAAGUGAGGCUAUUUUCUCUACAAAUUACCCCCUCUUCAGUCAACCCUAUAAGACAAGAAAAGAAGAUGAGCUGCCAAGUUGCAUCCAAAGUACUUUUGGCAGCUAUGAUGAAAUGAAGGACCUUUUGACUGUCCAGUGUAAGCAGAGUCACCUUGUUGGUAUUCUUCAACCUGAUACAAAAAAGGAACAUUUUCAACAAAAACUAAAAAUAAACUACUGGCAUCAGUCCACCUAAAGUACCUGUGCAGUUGGGCAUAAUAGCCACCAUGAACUGGCAGGAGCCUGACCAUUCAUUUGCACUCCAGCAACAAGUAAAAACAUCUGAUCAGAAAAUGGUUGGUUCUGCUACAAAAGACUGUAUAGGUGGGCACCAGAAACGUGCUAUGGAAAAAAAUAAAAACUGCUUCUUACAAUCUGUAUUAUCGCCAUCCUCUUCUAAUGACCCGCCACAAAAUACUUUAGUGAGUAAUAAGACCAGUUCCCACAAGAGACAACAUCCACAGCUAAAUAGCAGUCUAGAAAUUGGCUGCAGUACACCUUGUAUUCAGAACUUUUCUGCCACAAAGCUGAAUGCAGUUCAACAAAAGCCUACUGCAUACGUGCGCCCAAUGGAUGGCCAAGAACAGGCAGUAGAUGAGUCUCCAAAACUAAAAUCUUCCACCGAAGCGAAUAUCCAUCUUCCUUUGUGUGAAGAACUAUGCCAUAAAACUGACUCUGACAAGAUGAAGUCUGAUGAAGCAGAUUCAUGCUCUGAUCUGAACCAAGAAGAGGAGAGUCAUCUGAUCAACAUAGGAUUUUCCAGUGAAAGGAAUGCUGAUUUCAAGGACAGGAGCCCGACAAAGUGUGCACCUCGGAUAUCGAUGUUGGAAGAUGACUUGAAGCUAAGCAGCGAUGAGGAGGACAUUGAUCAGACAGUUCAGGAAGAAAACAUUGGAGUCCAAAGUGACAGUGGGAAAGUUCAGGAUCACAGUAAAAGAGCUUCAGGAGUCUCCACACUGACAAGCAGCAGCUCCAGUGAAUCUGACACCAGCUCUGAGUCGGACUCUGAAAGCGAAAGCAGUUCCAGCGAGGUAGAUCGCAGCAAGCCUUCAGGCUACAUUAGCCCAGAGCCUGAGCAACCAACAUCAAAUAAAUGGCAACUGGAUAAGUGGCUCAACAAGGUUCAUCCCAACAAAGCCGUGAUCCUCAGCAAUAUACACUGCCCGUCGUAUGGUGGUUCAAAGGAGAAUGCUGGAAACAGUGAGAAUUUGUCACAAAUAUUCCAAUCUAACCAUAACAAUACUAAGGAUACCAAGGACGACAAAAGACAUUGGAGUAUUUGCACAGGCCAUGGGAAUAAUAAAGACACAGGAUUAAAAUCAUCAGCUUCCAUUGAAAUAGCUGCUUCAAUAGCUGUUGCAGUUCCUACAACAGAAAGCACUUUUCAGAGGCAACCUGCUUGCAGAAAACUAACAAAGAGGACAGAACGGACAUCUACUGGAGAUAAGCUGAACUGCUAUAGGUAUGAGGAUCCUUCCUUAAACCAAGCAACUGUAGGUGAUAAAAUAACAGAACAGCCUAAAAACAGAUUGUUGUGCACAAGUAGAGGUUUCCACAGAAGAGAACCCAGUACAUCUAAACUAGGGGGUGAAAUUAGGAGGACUCGAGGGCUAAACAAAUCAGUUUCCAAAGCCAAAGAAUGUAUCCCGUUUUCAUCUCAGCCUUCAGAUCUUGGCAUUGAAACAGACCUGGAAAUCUCAACUUUUUCCACAAACACAUCAGUCACUCCAGCCACUGAAAACAACCAUAGACUUAAGGAGCUGGGAGGCAAUAAUAUUAGUAGGGCCAGUCCAUGCAUUGCCAAUACAACUGACUUAGCCAAGGAGCUGGUACUGGUUCCUUUUGGCAGGAAUGAGAAUAUCUUUUCAAUAAAGGGCAAUGAUGAGGUCAAGUCACUUUGGGUUAGGAUUGAUUUAACUCUUUUAUCAAGAAUCCCAGUGGAACUUCCCCAGGAGACUCUUAUCAUGAAUAACAGUAUGAAAGAAACACACAGGUCUUCAUCUCAUAAAUGCUUCACUUCAGUAGCAGAGAAAGCUUUGGAGAAAACCAGAAAGAAACGCAAGUCUGAAAAUGAAGCAUCUCGAGAAGUAAAGAAAAACCAUUUAGAAAAGGACAACUGUUUGCAAGAAACUGUUACAUCCGAAAGCUGUGAUAGGACCAAUUUACACAGCACCAACCCCAUCAGGACCAGCACAACUGAAAAAUCUCAUGUUUAUCAGAGAUACAACCAUGUUCCUUCAGACAACAACCCUUUGGGUCAUAGAGAGGAUAUGCACUUAAUGUCCCAUGAACGCAAAGAUUUAAGAAGGCAGGUGUUGUUUGACAAUAGGCCUUGCAGUGCCGAUUAUUUUAUGCAAGAAGCUAAACAGAUGAAGCAUAAAGCAGAUGCAAUGAUGGACAAAUUUGACAAAGUUCUGAAUUAUACGGAAGCAGCCCUAUUGUUCAUUGAGUGUGGGAAUGCAAUGGAGCAUGGCCCCAUUGAGUCAAAAUCUCCAUAUACAAUGUAUGCUGAAACAGUAGAGCUAAUAAGGUAUGCCUUGAGGUUAAAAUCACACUCUGGCCCCAAUGCAACAAGCCGGGACAAGAAAAUAACAGCAUUAUGCUAUCGAUGUUUGGCUCUUCUCUACUGGAGAAUGUUUAGACUCAAAAGGGAUCAUGCUGUGAAGUACUCAAAAGCUCUUAUUGACUAUUUCAAGAGCUCAUCUAAAACCUCUCAAGCUUCAUCUUCACAGAGUUCCAAUGGAAAAACCACUGGUGCUCCAUCCCCCACAUCCCCCAGUCCUUCUUCAGUGAGUUCUGUUGGGUCACAAGGAAGUACCUCCAACAGCUCUAUCAUUAGCAUUCCCCAGCGAAUCCACCAGAUGGCAGCAAACCAUGUCAGUAUUACUAACAGCAUUCUGCACAGCUAUGACUACUGGGAGAUUGCUGAUAAUCUCACCAAAGACAACCAAGAGUUCUUUAAUGAGCUUGAUGCACUAAUGGGAGGGAUCACGCUGCACAGUUCGAUGGAGCACUUGGUACAGUACACACGUCAAGGACUUCACUGGGUACGGCAAAGUGCACACAUGCUUUAGCCUAUCUUAAGACCUAAGAACUGUGGCAUCAUUUUCUACUGGACUUUUCUCUUUCAAGGCCCUGUGCUGUGCAAGAGCAAAGUCAAAAUAUUUUUUUUUAAAAAAGAAUGGUGAUUCUUUCCUCAGCAUUGGACAGUACUACUCAUAUUUACAUUUUGCUUUUAUUAUCUUGCUGGGAUAGAUUGUAGAAAGGUCUCUUUUGGCACUGGAUUAGAGAAAUCAGUUGCAAGAUGAUAUAUUUUUCAUUAAGGGCAGAAUGUGAUUAUUGUGUGUUCCUGUCAAGGAACUGGUGAUAAUGCAAGAAGCAAUCACAACAUAAAUUCACCUUAGGUCUACAUUGUUGUUUAUAAUAGAACAGCACAGUUUGGUGAGCCAGCAAAAUUCAGAUAUUCAGCUACCAUGCAGUCAUGUAUGGUGCCUGCCACACCAAUGCCCUCUGUUAUAUAUACUGUAGACACAUGCUGAGUCUGCCUUUGGGAAUAUCCGGCUGUGUAUGUGAAAAGCACCCUUAUUCUGUGUCUUGUGCAGAAUCAAAAAUUCUGUAAUUCCUGAGAAGGCUGCACACGAAAACUAUUCUAUUCAGAAUUCAUCGAAUUUGAUGCAGUUCAGGCCUUUUGGCAACGGUACAACUAAUCUGGUUAUAUUUGCAUUGGAUGCAGUUGGAUCUGAAUGUCCAGACUACAUAGUGCUUGUUGCGCUGCAACUAGAUACUCUUUCUGCCUAUGCAAACCAUUUACUAAAACUCAACCAAAGUUACAGUAUACUGCAUGUUUGGUGUGAAAACUAAUGCCUUGUUGCAUAGUCAGAAAAUGUAACUGAAAGCAAUUUGUCAAUAUCUUCCAUCCAGUCAAGGCCCCCAUAUCAGUUUGCAGCUAGAAUCAGGUCAAAUUCUGAGUGUCCAUUUUGCCAGGAAGCAGAAUAAUUGCCAACGUUUUUAUAACAUGUGAAAAAUCAGGGACGCUUCUCUGUAGUCACAUUGCAUUCAUUGCAUCCCAGACACAUGCAUAGCAAGUGUUCAUGAUUUUUCAAGUCAUCUUGGUAAUCUUUAUCCAAAGCAACAUAAGCAGUUUUGUGCAUACUGGAGUUUUUUAAUAGCUAUGUGUAUUGUUGUUUUCCCAUGUACUUGUAAUAGUACAUUGUACAUUCUCUUGUACAUUCUCUUGUAAUAGUGCACUACAGGGAAAUGUAGCCAUCAUUUCUGACAUAAAUCCCCACAGUGAAUAAGCCCUAGUAAUAACUCUUCUAAAGCAAUGUGAUGAUUUUACAGAGGAUGGCAUAAUAAUAAAGAUGGCACUUUGUGUCCCUAUGAAUAAAAUCAGUUUUUUCUUAUUCUA